UGAGUUUUUUUUUCCAUAUUUUUGUUUUUUAAUGGAUUUUAAUUUCUAGUUGCUUUUUUGCUACAAUAUGUGUUUUUUUAAAUAGGUUUUUGCAUAUUGAUGGAUUUAGAUGGUGUUCAACCUAAUUAUCCUUCUUCUUGUGUUACUCAUUCAGUUGGUGAUAUUUAUCGUACUCCAGAGGUUGUUGGAUCAUUUAGCCCUGGUGGUACCACUAAGGAAUGGAUUCCAAAUGUUCCCAAGGAGUUAAAACCCAGUUUGGGUAUGAUAUUUAAAGAUCCUGAAGAGGGUCUUAGUUUUUAUAAAGCAUAUGCAAAUGCCGCUGGGUUUACUUCUAGGAAAUCUACUACUAAAAGGAAGAAGAAUAACAAAGAUAUAAUUGCUUUUCAAUAUGGAGUUUGCAAUAAGGAAGGUUUUAGGGCAAUAAGAAAACCUAUUGCUCAACAAACAGUUUAUGAAGAAGGAAAAGUUCAUAUUACUAGGAAACGUUUAGUCACUCGUGUAGGAUGCAAUGCUCACAUAUGUAUGAGAUAUGAUGCUGGAAAGUAUGUUGUAACUCAUUUCAAAGAAGAACAUAAUCAUCUUUUAUAUACUCCAAGUUGUGCAAAAUUUCAGAAGGAUAAUAGAAAAAUGCAUAUUAUGCAUAAAAAGUUGAUUGUUGAUAAUUCAAAGGUAAAUGUUGGUCCUGUGAGGUCUUAUACUAUGAUGAAAGAAUUAGCUGGAUCACAUGAUAAUGUUGGUGCAUCUAAACAAGAUUUCAAAAAUUUUUAUAGAGAUUUGAAGGCUUAUAUUGAUGGAUCAGAUGCCCAAAUGUUUGUGGAUAAUUUUCAAAAUAAGAAAGUGCUUUGGAGUGCAUUUUUUUUUUCCUAUGAUGUUGAUGAAGAAGAUAGACUUUGUAGAGCUUUAUGGGCUGAUCCAAUCUGUCGAAAAAAUUAUGCACUUUUUGGUGAUAUGGUUUCUUUUGAUACCACAUUCAAAACAAACAGAUAUAAUAUGAUCUUUGGUCCAUUUACUGGAGUUGAUCAUCAUAAAAAAUGUGUUACUUUUGCGGAUUCUUUUGUAGCUCAUGAGGAUAUAUCAUCUUUUGAAUGGGUUUUCAAAACUUUUCUUAAAGCAAUGGGAAAUAACGAGCCUGUGUGUUUGAUUACCGAUCAAGACCCUGCAAUGAAAGUUGUUGUUCGUAAUGUUUUUCAAACUACAGAACAUAGGUUUUGUAUGUGGCAUAUUAUGAAAAAGGUGCCUGAAAAAGUAGGUCGGGCGAUUGCCCAAGACACUGAUUUCUUGAAAAAACUGUGUUCAUGUGUUUGGCAUUUAGAGAUUGAGCCGGCAGAAUUUGAAGAAAAGUGGAACAAAGUUAUUUCAGAAUUCCAUUUGAACGAUCAUGAAUGGUUGGCAUACAUGUACAACAUACGUGAUAUGUGGAUUCCAGCGUAUUUCAGAGAUUUAUUUUUGGGUGGCAUUAUGAGAACCACAUCUAGAUCAGAAAGUGAAAAUAAUUUUUUCACUAUGUUCACAAAUCCCCAUCUCACUUUGAUUGAGUUCUACAUGAGGUAA